GCCUCCGGAGCUGGCAGAGAAGGUCGCUGGCUUUCCUAUUGACAUGCGGUUCCCCGAGAGCUCCAAACUGGUGCGCAUGCGCCUGGCGCUCCGGCUGCUACUGCUGGUGCUGCUUCUCCUGCCAAGGUGCGCGGCCAAGAGCACGCCUCGCUAUGACCCGACAUGGGAGUCUCUCGACAGCCGCCCACUGCCCUCCUGGUUCGACCGGGCCAAGUUCGGCAUCUUCAUCCACUGGGGAGUAUUCUCCGUGCCCAGCUUCGGCAGUGAAUGGUUCUGGUGGUAUUGGCAAAAGGAAAAGAGACCCAACUUUGUGGACUUUAUGAACGAUAAUUAUCCCCCUGGUUUUAAAUAUGAAGAUUUUGCAGCGCUAUUUACGGCCAAGUAUUUCGAUGCCAGCCAGUGGGUAGCUCUUCUCCAGGCUUCUGGUGCCAAAUACGUUGUCUUAACUUCCAAGCAUCAUGAAGGCUAUACGCUGUGGGGCUCUGAGCAUUCUUGGAAUUGGAAUGCAGUUGAUGAGGGGCCAAAGCGGGACAUUGUCAAGGAGCUUGAGGUGGCCAUGAGGAACAGAAGCGACUUGCGCUUUGGACUGUACUAUUCCCUUUUUGAAUGGUUCCAUCCACUCUUCCUGGAAGAUGAAUCCAGCUCAUUCCAAAAGCAGCAAUUUCCCGUAUCUAAGACGUUGCCUGAGCUCUAUGAGCUAGUGAACAAGUACCGGCCUGAUGUUCUGUGGUCCGACGGAGAUGGGGGCGCACCAGAUCACUACUGGAAUAGCACUGGCUUCUUAGCCUGGCUGUACAAUGAAAGUCCAGUGCGAGACACAGUAGUCACCAAUGAUCGUUGGGGAGCUGGCAACAUCUGCAAGCACGGUGGCUACUAUACCUGCAGUGAUCGUUACAACCCUGGGCAUCUUCUGGCACAUAAAUGGGAAAACUGCAUGACAAUAGAUAAGUUCUCCUGGGGCUACAGGCGGGAAGCAGGAAUCGCUGAUUAUCUUACAAUUGAAGAAUUGGUGAAGCAACUUGUGGAAACAGUCGCGUGUGGCGGAAAUCUUUUGAUGAAUAUUGGUCCCACUCUAGACGGCAUCAUUCCUGUCAUUUUUGAGGAGCGAUUAAGGCAAAUGGGAACGUGGCUGAAAGUCAAUGGGGAAGCCAUUUAUGAAACACACACGUGGAGGUCUCAGAAUGACACUGUCACUCCAGAUGUGUGGUACACAUCUAAACCUGAGAAAAAACUGCUCUAUGCUAUUUUUCUUAAAUGGCCCAUCUCAGGAAAGCUGUUUCUUGGACAACCCAGAGGUAGUCUGGGGGAAACAGAGGUAAAACUACUGGGCCAUGGCAAGCCACUGACUUGGACUUCUUUAAAGCCGAGUGGCAUUAUAGUGGAGUUGCCACAGCUAAGCAUUCAUCAGAUGCCCUGUAAAUGGGGAUGGACUCUGGAAUUAACUAAUGUGAUUUAGCCUGCAGCGAAGAGAUGUAUGGCACAGGUACCUCUAGCCUCAGGAAAUGGCAGGGUUUUGUUGUUGUUGUU